GGAGUGUGCUGAGGGGCGGGGCGGCAGCAGGGGUGGGUGCGCGGAGCGGAUGGCUGAGGGAGCGGGGCCGAGAGCGGCUGCCAGGUAUUUAUGCAUUGUCCAUUGCUGCCUUUGAUGUGAAAAUGACCAAGUUAGGGUUUCUUCGCCUGUCCUAUGAGAAACAGGACACGCUGCUUAAACUCCUCAUCCUGUCUAUGGCAGCUGUGCUGUCUUUCUCCACUAGACUCUUCUCUGUUCUAAGAUUUGAAAGUGUCAUCCAUGAAUUUGAUCCGUAUUUUAACUACCGCACAACACGGUUUCUGGCAGAAGAAGGCUUCUACAAAUUUCAUAACUGGUUUGAUGACAGAGCCUGGUACCCUUUGGGCAGGAUCAUUGGUGGAACCAUAUACCCAGGUUUAAUGAUCACAUCAGCAGCAAUUUACCAUGUUCUACACUUCUUCCAUGUUACCAUUGACAUCCGAAAUGUCUGCGUUUUCCUGGCUCCCCUUUUCUCUUCCUUCACCACCAUAGUAACUUAUCACCUCACCAAAGAGCUCAAGGAUGCAGGGGCAGGACUUCUUGCUGCUGCCAUGAUUGCUGUGGUGCCUGGUUACAUCUCUCGUUCUGUUGCCGGCUCUUAUGAUAAUGAAGGUAUUGCCAUAUUCUGCAUGCUGUUAACCUAUUACAUGUGGAUCAAAGCAGUGAAGACUGGCUCCAUUUACUGGGCAGCCAUGUGUGCCCUUGCCUAUUUCUACAUGGUUUCCUCCUGGGGUGGUUACGUAUUCCUGAUCAACCUGAUCCCUCUACAUGUCCUUGUGCUGAUGCUGACAGGACGCUUUUCCCACAGGAUCUAUGUCGCCUACUGUACGGUGUAUUGCCUAGGGACCAUCCUGUCUAUGCAAAUAUCCUUUGUUGGCUUCCAGCCUGUUCUGUCAUCUGAGCACAUGGCUGCUCUUGGGGUCUUUGGCUUGUGUCAGAUCCAUGCCUUUGUGGACUACCUGCGCAGCAAGUUGAACCCUCAGCAGUUUGAAAUUCUCUUCAGGAGUGUGAUCUCCCUGGUUGGAUUUGUUCUUCUUACAAUAGGAGCUGUGCUGAUGUUGACAGGGAAAAUAUCUCCUUGGACUGGUCGUUUCUACUCCCUGUUGGAUCCUUCCUAUGCAAAGAAUAACAUUCCCAUUAUUGCUUCAGUUUCUGAGCACCAGCCCACCACAUGGUCCUCCUAUUAUUUUGAUUUACAGCUACUUGUUUUCAUGUUUCCAGUUGGCCUCUACUACUGUUUCAGUAAUCUGUCAGAUGCCCGUAUUUUUAUCAUAAUGUAUGGUGUGACCAGCAUGUACUUUUCUGCUGUGAUGGUGCGUCUCAUGUUGGUGCUGGCCCCAGUUAUGUGCAUUCUGUCUGGCAUUGGAGUUUCUCAGGUGCUGUCCACUUACAUGAAGAACCUGGAUAUCAGCCGACCAGACAAAAAAACCAAAAAACAACAAGACUCUACUUACCCCAUUAAAAAUGAAGUUGCCAGUGGCAUGAUCCUCGUCAUGGCUUUCUUCUUGAUCACCUACACUUUCCAUUCAACCUGGGUGACCAGUGAGGCCUAUUCCUCCCCUUCUAUAGUGCUGUCCGCUCGUGGUGGGGAUGGUAGCAGGAUCAUCUUUGAUGACUUCAGAGAGGCUUAUUAUUGGUUGCGCCACAAUACACCAGAGGAUGCAAAGGUCAUGUCUUGGUGGGAUUAUGGGUAUCAGAUAACAGCUAUGGCCAACAGGACAAUUCUGGUAGACAACAACACUUGGAAUAAUACGCAUAUCUCCCGAGUUGGGCAGGCAAUGGCAUCCACUGAAGAGAAAGCCUAUGAGAUCAUGAGGGAGCUGGAUGUCAGUUAUGUGUUGGUAAUAUUUGGAGGCCUCACUGGAUAUUCCUCAGAUGAUAUCAACAAGUUCCUGUGGAUGGUGCGAAUUGGUGGGAGCACAGACACUGGGAAGCACAUAAAGGAACACGAUUACUACACACCGACCGGAGAGUUCCGUGUCGAUAGGGAGGGUUCCCCUGUGCUGCUCAACUGCCUUAUGUAUAAGAUGUGCUACUACCGCUUUGGGCAGGUCUACACUGAAGCCAAACGCCCACCAGGUUAUGAUAGAGUGAGAAAUGCCGAGAUUGGAAACAAAGACUUUGAGCUUGAUGUCCUGGAAGAGGCCUAUACUACAGAGCACUGGCUAGUCCGAAUAUACAAAGUAAAGGACUUGGAUAAUCGUGGACUGUCAAGAACAUAGAUUUGCCUUCAGCUUUUAAGGAAAUCGCACUGAGUCUUUGCCUGUGAAGCAAAUUUUUUUUAUACAGUUUAUAAGUGCAAGAAGGAGUUGGAUUAACUGCCCAUGAAGUUCUGCCCUCAUGCAUACAGUCCAUAUUAGAUGGAAUGAUUUUUAUAAAUAUGAACCAGUUACCAAAUCAGAAAUAAUGGCUUUAUGGUGGGUGAUUAAAGGGGAGUUUAAAAAAAAGUGUGUAGUUCUUGCUUCCUUUCCAGUGAUGGUGCCAGAUGCAGCAAUCUAGGGGGUUCCCUCUUGAAGUGUGAAGAUGUUUUACUUUUUGAAUUUACUAACACCUCAAAGUCUACUUCCUUUUCUGAGUCGCAAGACUCAGAUUUCCAUAAUGGUAGCCAUCUGCCUCACUUCGGCUCAUUAAAAGAGGUUUUUGGUAAAACAGCCACCCUUGUCCAUUUUGAAUAUCACAUCAAAUUUAUCAAAUAUAGUCCUGCCCUGAUGAGCAACACACUUUUUUGGGAUGUCCUAUGCUGGAAGACACUAAAUACCUCUACUAAUAAAUAGGGAGAUAAUUGGCUGUUCCCUGACACACAACUAAACUUCUUUCUCCCAAGUUGUCUUGAUUUGGGUAUCUUCUCUAGUAUAUGUAAUUCUGAUUACUGGUCAGCCUCCAUAUUCCAAGCUUCCCUCUGUAGUGCAUGAGUAUCAUGGUCGAAUGUUACAAACCCUUCUUGAACCCUUUGAGUUUUCUUCUGGCCAGUUCAGUCAAGGAAUUUUGUUAGGUUGCACCUACAAGUCAUGAAAAAAUGACAGCAAUGCAUCAACCAAGGAGGACUGAAUUAAUGUUGCUGCAGCAAUCUAUAGAAUAUAUAGCAGUCAAAUGGAUGCAUGGCAGCUGGUGGACACUAAACAAUGGUGUUUAGUUGAGUCUUCUUCAAACCAGCUGGAGAGCACAUUGGGGUUAAUACCUAAACCUGGUAAGUCAUUGCAGUUAAAAACCAGGAAGUAUUGUGGGGUAUGUUCAUACUGUUAGGAAGUGACUUCAAUUGUAGUGAAUAGUCAACUGUCUGUAUAUUUAAGUUACUUAAUUUAUAUGAAAAUAGUUGAUUCCGAACAGGACCUUCAUGUGUAGAUUUUUUGGAAGAGGCUUUGAAUGAAUCUUUUGCUUGAGCAGCUGACAUAUUCUUAGUCAGAAGGCCUGGCACAGUUUUGAUGCAAGGUUCACAAAUUAGUCUUAUUUUUAUUCUGCAAAACAAGAGGGACUAACCCCUCUAUAUGAAAACUAAGCUGCACCUACCAGUAAUUUAAUUUGCACCCAUUCUGGAGAAAUAUUCUGGUCCUAUUGUACGGACCUACCUAAAUUGCGACAGAAGUUUACAGUACGGUGAUGCCUUUAAUCUCUCUUUGCUGUGCCACACCCCGUCCCUACCCUCUCCUGCUGAGUGGCCAAGGGGCAAUUAAUGCCAUGUUUUUUGCCUCUUGGCCAUUCAACAGUGGGAUGGGGAGGGGGUGCACGGCAAAAAGAGCAAGAUUUAAGGCACUGCUGGGCCAUGGACGACUGCUGCAAUUUAAGUAGGCACCUUGCCUGUUGAUUUCAGUUGUUGCAAAAAAAAAAAAAAAAAUUCACGGGGGAGGGCAGGUUGUGAUCAGAUGUAUGCCUGGUUUUCCUUCAGUGUUUCUUUGAGGAGGAAAAAGAUUUCCAAGUGAAUGAAAGGAUAAAGAUUAUGAAGAGAGGUGGAUGCUGAAUACUAAGGCUAUGAUUUUCCCAUUUUACCCACUGGGCCCUCUACAGGCUGAGAGCUCACUGUAUUGUAUUGUGUUAAUAUUGCCUUGUUCUAGGAGGUAUUAGCCACAGAAGAAAAGAUCAAUUCCCCUUAUAUUCUCAUAAAGCAAUAUGAAAAAGGGGUAGAGCUUCAGGGUGGAGAAUAAAAAGACAAGAGGCAAUCCCCUUGCUUUUGUAGAACCUGCACAUUGUGAGGUAUAAGAAGGGGAAGGGGGCAGAAUCACAGUUUUAUUUGAUUCUAGGCUGUAAAACUGCAACGUCACUUUGCGCAGCCCUUAAUGAGGCAUAUGCACGUUUGGCCAAAGUGUGAAGAGGACUAAAGUCAGGAUGUGCCUUGUCACUAAGCCAGGCUCUGUCAGUGUUUUCCAUAUGGACACUAUGGCUUUGUGCAAGGCUACCUAGGCUGUACUAUGACAGUGUCGUGUGCCAGGGCUAAAGCAGCCACAUCGUAAGCUAUUGGAAAGUUACCCAUGCCCUCAGGUGUCAAAACCACACGUCUUUCUUUCCCAAGCAUGACCUGGAAACUCGCUGAGUGCGGAAAAGCUCAAGUUGAACUCACUCUGAGCCUGAGCAUAGAAUCAUAAAAUGAGGGUUGGAAGGGACCUCAGGAGAUCAUCUAGUCCAACCCCUUGCUUAAAGCAGGCCCAGCCCCAACUAGAUCAUUCCAGCCAAAGCUUUGUCAAGUUGGGUCUUAAAAAUCUCUAAGGGUGGAGAUUCCACCAUCUUUAGGUAACCUGUUCCACUGUUUCACCAUCCUCCUAGAGAGAGUUUUUCCUAAUAUCCAACUUAAGCUUCCCUUGGUGCAACUUGAGACCAUUGCUCCUUGUUCUGUUAUCUGCCGCCAUUGAGAACAGUCCAGCUCCAUCCUCAUCCUCUUCUCUGCUGCAGGUUAAAUAAGCCCAGUUCCUUCAGGCUCUUCUCACAAGUCAUGUGCCUAGCCCCCUAGCCAUUUUCAUUGCCCUCCACUGGACUUUCCAACUUGUCCACCUCCUUUCUGUAGCGGAGGGCUCAAAACUGGACACAGUACUCCAGAUGUGGCCUCACCAGUGCAGAAUAGACCAGAAUAAUUACUUUCCUCAAUCUGCUGGCAACACUCUUACUAAUGCAGCCUAGUAUGCUGUUAGCCUUCUUGGUAACAAGGGUACACUGCUGACUCGUAUUCAACUUAUUGUCUGCUAUAACCCCCAGGUCCUUUUUUGCAGGGCUGCAGCUUAGCUAGUUGGACCCAAGUCUGUAGUGGUUCAUAGGAGCCUUCUGUCCUAAGUGCAGGACUUUGCACUUGUCCUUGUUGAACCUCCUGAAAUUUCUUUUGGCCUGCUUCUCCAAUUUGUCUAGGUCACUGAAUCCUAGCCCUCCUCUCCAGCAUAUCUACUGUAGCCCUUAGCUUGGUGUCAUCUGUGAACUUGCUGAUGUUGCAAUCCAUCCCAACUUCCAGAUCAUUAAUGAAGAUAUUGAUCAAAACUGACCCCAGGACUGACCCCUGGAGUACUCCACUUGAUGCCAACUAUACAUCGAGCCAUUGAUUGCUACCUGUUGAGCCUAAUGGUCCAGCUAGCUUUCUACCCACUUGACACUUUUCAUCCAACCCAUGCUUCCUUGACUUGUUUUUCAAGAAUGCUGUGGGAGACUGUAUCAAAAUCCUUGCUAAAGUCAAGGUAUAUCAUGUCCACUGCUUUCCCUGCAUCCACAGAGCCACUCAUCUCAUAGAAGGCAUUCAGGUUGGUCAGACUUGACUUGCCCUUGGUGAAUCCAUGUUGAUUGUUUCUGAUUACUUUUUUCUCCUCUAAGUGCUUAAAAAUGGAUUCCUUGAGGCCUUUCUCCAUGAUUUUUCUGGGGACUGAAGUAAGGCUGACUGGUCUGUAGUUCCCUGGAUCCUGCUUCUUCCCCUUCUUAAAGAUGGGCACUCUAUCUGCCAAUCGUUUGGGACCUCCCCCGAUCGUCACAAAUUUUCAAAGAUAAUGGCCAGCAGCUCUGUAAACAUAUCAGCCAACUCCCUCAGCACUCUCAGAUGUAUUGCAUUCAGCCCCAUGAGCUUGUACGCAUCUGUUUUUUCUAAAUAGGUCCUAACCCAUUCUUUCACCACUGGGGGCUGCUCACCUGCACCCCAAACUGUGCUGCCUGAUGCAGUAGUCUGGGAGCUGACCUUACCUGUGAAGACUUGAGGAAAAAAGGGAUUGAGCACUUCAGCCUUAUAUCAUAUGUCACUAGGUUACCUCCCCUAUUCAGUAAGCGACCCACAUGUUCCAUGACCUCCCUCUUGUUGCUAACGUGCUUGUAGAAACCCUUUUUGUUACCCUUCCUGUCCCUUGUUAGCUGCAACUCCAACUGUGCUUUGGCCUUCCUGAUUUUAUCCCUACAAGCCCAAGCAACACUUGUACUCCUUCCUAGUCAUCUGUCCAAGCUUCCACUUCUUGUAAGCUUCCUUUUUGUGUUUAGGCUCACUGAAGAGUUGCCUGCUAAGCCAAGCUGGUCGCCUGCCAUAUUUGCUAUUCUUCCUGCAGUUCGGGGUGGUUUGUUCCUGUGCUCUCGGUGAGGUUUUCAUUACAAUACAACCAGCUCUCCUGGACUCCUUUCCCCCCUCAGACUGCCCCCCCCCCCCCCCCCCCCCCCAUAGGAUCCUGCCCAUCAGUUCCCUGAGGGAGUCAAAGUCUGCUUUGAAGUCCAGGGUCCAUACUCUGCUGUUCUUCCGAGCCCUCCUCUCCUUCCUUUUGUCAGGAUCCUGAACUUGAUUAUCUUGUGGUCACCGCUGCCCAAGUUGCCAUCCACUUCUGCAUCCCCCACCAAUUCUUCCCUGUUUGUGAGCAGCUGGUCAAAAAGAUCAUGGCUCUUGGUUGGUCUCUCCAACACUCGUACCAAGAAGUUGUCUCCAAAAACUUCCUGGAUUACUGAUGCCCUGCCAUAUUGCCCUCCUAGUUCCCCAUGAGAACCAGGGCCUAUGAUCUGGAAACUUCUGCUAGUUGUCCAAAGAAAGCCUCAUUUAUUUCAUCCUCCUGAUCUGGUCAUCAAAAACUUAGGGAACUGAAGUCCACUCCAUGACUGGGUAGACAGGGUUCUUUAAGACUGGUUGACAGUCAGUCUAGGACUGGAGCCUCGAUUGAACAAAUGGACGAUCUCUGUUCCAGCAGCUCCUGCGGCCCAGCUGGUUCCAAACAUACUGCCGCCUGCCUCUCCUUUAGCGUAAACCAGCAAGGCUGGGAGGAGAGGGGGACGCUAGUGUGUGGACAGCUCAGUGUCUCCAUAUACACCGCCCAGGCUUGUGCACCUUGGAGAGAUCACUUCAGCUUCACUUUAUCUUAGCUUAUGCAGGGGGUCGGACUCGAUGAUCUAUUGAGGUCCCUUCCGACCCUAACAUCUAUGAAUCUAUGAAUCUUUCAACCACAUAUUACUUUCAGCAACCUAAUGUCUUGGCAUAAUUCUAUUGUCUUGUGAGAUUGGCUAAUAGUUCCAAAUGAAUAACUUCACACGUUCACAGUGAAAAGAGAUGGCAGGUGCUUAUCCAAAAAUCCUUAUAUGGGCCUAUAUUUCUGCCUGAGAAGACUGUUGCAUGUUUAAUAAGAAAAAUGGAUGAAAAACCAUACUGUAAUUCUUAAUGUGGUUUAAACCCAAACCAAGUUGUCAAAUAAUGCCAUUAUGUCCCCAUUCUUUCAAAUAGGUUCCAUGCUCAUAGUGAUAUGUAUUAAAAAUUCAUAUUUCUAUG